AUGAACUGGGAUAGAGUUAUGGAAAGUCAGCACGAGAAACUGAUGAACCACGAGAAGCUAUUAAAGGAUACUUUAGACCAGGUAAAUACCCAAAAUGUCAGCAUCAGCAAGGAUCUAGCGCAAGUUCUCCAAACUCAAUCUGAAGUGAAGCUUACUUAUGCGGACAAGACGCGAACCAACCCUCCAAGCAAACCUUCACCACCCUCAAAGAAAAUAUCGGAUCCAAUUACCCGAGAAGUUACCGGAAUGAAAACUCUACGUAGAGGAACCAUUGUUGUUGAAUGUAAAAAUAAAGAAGCUGCAGCCAAACUUAAGGAGGAAGCCGAAACGAAACUGGGAUCCGACUACAUUCUUUCCUUACCAAAACAGAAGAUGCCGAAGAUUAAAAUCGUAGGCCUCAAUGACAAGAUCGGGAGUACCCAAAUGAAGGAAAUGAUUCUCGCGCAGAAUCAAUUCCUCGACGAAGCCGCGUACAUAAACGUCGUACACAUAACGGAAGAUAAAAGAAAUCCUAACAGGUAUUUGGCUUACGCUGAGGUUGACGGUAAUAGUUACCGGAAAAUUCUAAGUGAACAAAAGCUUAACAUAGGAUGGGACCGUUGCAGAAUUUAUGAUGCUGUGACAACUAGAAGAUGCUACAAAUGCAAUGGGUUCGGACAUAAGGCAACUGACUGUAGCAAAACUACUACCUGCCCCAAAUGUGCGGGAGACCAUGACCUAGCGAGCUGUAAAGCUUCGGACGCGGAGAUCAAAUGCAGUAACUGUGCCAACGCCGUUGAGAAACUAAAAAUGAAACUGGAUACGACUGCACCGUCGUUUAAUCACAAUCGCAAAAAUGGAAACGUUAUCCUACAUCGAACUCGUAGAAAUUACGAGGCGGGAAGCGGAAAGAAAAAUUCUGUCGAAAUUUCAUCAGCCAGUAGAAGAUCGACGAUAUUCUCUACCGAAAAUUCGACGGUGGUGUAUGCUCAAAUUGGAGGAACGGCUGCUCUACCUUGCGUGGUUAGAAAAUUUAACAGCGGAGUGGUCUCCUGGUUACGACGGAAGCAAGAGCCGCCUACUUUAUUGACUGUCGGAUUAACGACCUACAGUGCGGAUGAUCGUUUCUUUGUGGAGCACGUUAGACACCUUCAGAAUUGGGGCUUGCUAAUCAAGCACGUACAACCCUCCGACGAAGGGCACUACGAAUGUCAAGUUUCCACACAUCCACCCACCAGCAUUUUUAUCCAACUGAAAGUAACAGAAGCCGUAGCUGAAAUAAUCGGUGCACCUGAUCUGCAUCUUAGAGCUGGUUCGGUUUUGCGGUUAGUGUGUGCUUUGAGGGAUUCCACCGAAACGCCCUCCUACGUUUUUUGGUUCCACGAUCGAAACAUGAUCAACUAUGACAUCGGAAUAAAGGUCUCGCCUAAUCGCACUUCCAGUAUACUGGAGAUACAAGAGGCGGACCAACGCAACAGUGGUAAUUAUACAUGUACCCCAUCAAACGCCGUGCCAGCUUCAAUUAAUGUUCACGUGCUUAAUUCCACAGAGGAGGAAAACCCUGCCGCCAUGCUGCACGUCAAUUGCGGGAAUACACUAAAUACGAUCUCUUCCACUAUGUGCGCCAUCCUAUUUCCGUAUAUUUUCACUUGUUAUAAAAGAUGAAAUACAUGUACGAAAUAAAGUAAUUUUGUGUAAA